CUGUUUGAGGACGAUGUGUUGGUGUAUCUGGUUUGAUGGACUGUGUCAAAGAGGGAAGGGACGGGUAUAGGGGUGUGAAAGGGUAGGAAAGGUGUUGUUCCCCUUUUAAAGGAAGAACAGGAGGACUUUUACGGGGUAAACAGCAUGACGGGGACAUUAUGGACUAAUGACAAGGAUGUGUGAAUGCCCUCAACCACCAGUUCACGACCCGUUCUUGCAUGCCUCACCGCACUUUCCCAAGAAAGAAAGAGGGUAUACCUUUGCCGGUUUAUGACGGCGAGACGAAGAAACGCAACUGGGCUUUAAGCUGCGGCUCAGACCGAGCCUCGGUCCGCCGCCUUCGCGUCGUAAGGUCGAGCGGCUUGCCAGGCUGCGGACGAAUAAUUAUAGCGGGCCCCAGAUGGACAUCCCUACCCGACCAUCUUUCUGUUACUAAUUACCCUCAACGACAUCAUAACAGAGCACAUAUCCAGUGCCAAGAUCCCACUGACGCUAAGAACGCUGCUGACGUCGGCCUCGUCCAACCCCUGUCUCUCGUCGACAAGCUGCGGGGUUCGCCCUUUCGUGGCAAGACGCGCUUACGUGGCUUGUCAGCUCAGGCAAAGCGGCUGGCUGUCUCUGAGAUUCUUCGUUACGUCCCAAUACCUCAAACUCAAUUCCAACAUCACAACUCCCAACACACACACACACACACACACACACACACACACCGAACUCCGAAAAUGCCGCCCUCUGCACCCCGCAAACCGGCACCCUCCCCGCUCGCCAAAGCCCUGCUGACAUUCAUCGGCACGACGCGCACCGCAUUCGGCAUCGGCUGCCUCAUCGCACCAGAGCUCGCCUUCCAGGUCGCCGGCCUGUCUUCACCUCUCUCGGCCGAAGCGUCGCUCAUCGCGCGGCAGUUCGGCGUGCGCGAGAUUGUCGUCGGCGCGGGGCUCGUGCUCGCCGAGAGGCAGCAUGCCACCUCUGCUGCUGUUGGUGGUGGUGGUGGUGGCCAAGGCGACGACACGGGGCUCAAGCGCGCCAUCUGGCUUAGUGCUGCGACUGACGGGCUCGAUCUCAUCGCGCUGGCGUUUGCGUUUGCGUUGUCGAAGGAGGGUGUGCUGGACGGCGCCACGCUCGCCAAGAUGGCGGGCACGGCGGCGCUGUAUGCUGCCGCGGGCCUGCAGACGGCGUGGUGGUAUCGUUGAGUGUGGCGUUUCGUGGUUUUGGGAGCUUUGGUGAGGCAGGCGGUGGAGUUGGCCUCACAGGGUGCAACCGACAGAAAAACAGUUUAGCAGAACGCCGGGGGCAGAGUUGGCGGCAGGCAGAGUUGGCGGCAGGCAGAGUUUGCGGCAGGCAGACACGUCGUCGCGAACUGAAACACGGGCUCGACAAAGUCGAGGGGGAGGUUAGUACGGGAGCGGGCGGGUGCCGGUUGUUGUUAAUGGAACCGGACUAGGGCCGCUUCGUAGGUCUUUGGUGCGGAACUCCGCUGGAGAGG